AAGGGGAAAAAAAAAAAGAAAAGAACUGCGAAAGCGAAGAAACCAAUGAAAGGAAUCCUUUUAUUUUCUUUUUCACGAACUUUCAAGAAAUAUUCAAUAAUAAAGGAUUUCGUAUGAGCUUUCUUCCCAAAGUAAAAGAAUUAAACGUUGUUUUAGACGUUGCGACGCGAUGGCGUCGCUCGCGAACUUCGCAUCAUAAACUUUGGAACGAUCGAAAAUUUUCCAAGAAUAUUCUAUAUACUCCACGACUCUAACGUUCUUUCCUCAUUUCAUCGUGUAAUUUUCUCAUCGUGAUUGUGUGGUGAGAGGUAAAAGGGAAAGGGGCGGGAUUUUUCUCGCGUAAAAUGUUUUUCCCCGUUGUUGCCGAUGGAAAAGGAAGGAAAUCGAAAAUAGAACAUGAUACGCAAAUGAAAACAUUAGCAUCUGGCGAAAUUUUCUCAAUGAAAUUACUUACUGACGUUUUCUGUAUACGUAUUUGUGCAUGAGUGUGUGUGUAUAUAUAUAUAUAUAUAUAUAUGUGUGUGUACGAUAGUGCAUGUGUGUGUGAGAGAAAGAGAGAGAGAGAGAGAGAGAGAGAGAGAAUAAGAGAAAGAGAAAGGGAAAACAAAGAUAAAGGUGCAAACAAGCGACAGUUGAUUAAGAAAGACGUGUUAUACCAAGAUGAAACUUCUUGAUAGUAUUCUUGUUCUUGAUAAAAAAAAGAGAAACUUUCUGUUCUGGAAAGAGCAUUGAAAUAGAGUUACGUUGACUAUGAUGAAAAUUAAACAUAAAGAAAAUGAAAAAGACAAAGAGAAAUAAAAAUAGAUGCAUUAAUUAAUGUAAGUUCAAAUAUUUCCGAUGCAGUAUUGUUUUAAAAUAUAAUUGACGUAAGAAUUGUAAUUAAGAAACAAGGAAAAAGAUAUUCCUCGUUAAAGAGUAAAGAAGAGAGGAGAGAAAGAGAAAAAGAGAAAAAGAGAGUGGAAGGAGGGGGAUGGAACGCGUUUACAAAGGGAUUACAAUAAUUUUUUGAAAUAUGUGUCGAAGUAGGCGUUUGAGUGGUGUUCCUCUUCCCCGCGUAUGGAGCAACGCAUACGUGCGUUCACCCUUGUUUGCACCGUCGCCAAGAAUAUCGUUGAGAGCAACGUCGUCGAAAGUAACGUCGUCUUCGAAGCACGAGGACGCGCAAACGUUUUCAACUUUUGAACGAACGUGAACGGACGUAGUCUCUUGUGACCUUUUUUCUUACAACGACGGCAACGUCAAAGUCGUGACAUCGAGUGUGAUUUUCAUUUGAUUUUUCGUUCACGUUAUCAUGACUCUUUCUGUGAAAUUGAUAUAAAAAGAAAAAAAAAAAAUAGAAAAAAGAAAAAAGAGAGAAAACGAAAAAAAAAGAAAAAUUACAAGAAGGAAGUGAUGAAAAAAUAAGAAAGUACAAAUAAUAGACGUACAAACAAAUGGAUUUUGUUGAUUGUUCAGUGAAAAAGACAUAGAAUGAUGAUAAAUAUGAAAAAAAGUGUUUCGAUUUCAUCGUAAUAAAUUCUGCAAUUGAAAUUUUGAAUUAAUAAGAAAAUCGAAAUGAAACGCAAAUGAAAAAUGAAUUAUGAGAAAUGAGGUAAAUCAUCAUCAUCAUCAUCAUCAUCGUCAUUAUCGACAAUAACAUUUUCAUCAUCCAGAUCUUAGUGAGUUCUUCUAAAUUUCAAUCCCAUAAGAGAGAGAGAGAGAGAGACAGUAUUAGAGUGACAUCCGGUGUUCCGGAAACGAAAAGAUGCUUCGUUUGGAGUUGCUUGGUGUUGUGCUUCUCGCUUGCACACAAAUUCUCACAGAACAUCGUGACUCACGUGAAACUCGUGCACCUUACAUCAAUUAUCCGAGGUAUCAUCAAGAAAGCUUGGAACCCGUGACGAAAGAUGUUAAAAUAAAACAUGGUCGAUUACGUGGGACCGUAGUCAAACCGAGAACCAAUCACGAUCUUCAGUUAGUCGACGUUUUCCUCGGAGUCCCAUACGCCGAGCCUCCAGUCGGCUCGCUCAGGUUCACGCCACCGAGAUCACCGCAACCCUGGAGAGGAGUACGACAGUCUCUGGAAUUUGCUCCGGUUUGCCCGCAAGUACUACCGAAUCUUCGUGACGAGGUGAAACCAGCACGCUAUGAGUAUCUCGAGAGGCACUUGCAGUAUCUCAAGAACCAGAGCGAGGAUUGUCUCUAUCUCAACAUCUAUGCUCCACAUCAGGCAGAAGGACAAAGGAAUUUAAAAAAGUAUCCUGUAAUGGUGUUUAUACAUGGCGAAAGUUACGAAUGGAACAGUGGUAAUCCAUACGAUGGCACCAUUCUAACGGCUUAUGGAAAUGUCGUUUUCGUCACCAUAAAUUUUCGCCUAGGCAUUUUAGGUUUUCUAAGACCAGGUACUAGGGACGACGCAGCGAGUAAUUUUGGAUUACUGGAUCAAAUAGCAGCGCUUUUAUGGCUCCGAGAAAAUAUUGCUGCCUUCGGUGGAGAUCCCAACAGUGUGACCUUAGUUGGUCACGGUACAGGUGCCAUUUUUGCUAACUUACUUCUCAUCAGUCCGGUUGCAAACAAUAAAGGUCUGUUCAAGCGAGCCAUUCUGAUGUCCGGCUCGGCGUUGAGCGCUGACGCCAUUGGCAAGGCGCCGCUGCAAAUUACCAAGCAGGUGGCGCACGCUUUGAAUUGUCCAACGACGACCGACAGCGAUUUGGCUCUUUGUCUGCGCUUUCAAGAUGUCGAAGCUCUUUUAAACGUGAAGAUUCACAAGCCGAAAUACGUGCCGGCGUUUGCACCUCUUGUUGACAGGGCAGUUAUACCGGAUAAACCUAUUAAUCUCAUGGAAAACACACAACUUUUUGGCAGAUUCGACUUGAUGUACGGCGUUACUGAGUCAGAAAAAUUUCAUAUUUUACCGCCCAUUGCCUUACUACAUGGUUUGUCAGAUAAUCAACGCGAUGAAAUUCUUCGAGAUCAUGCUAAGGCUACGCACGAGUUGGAGCCAGAGCUCGUACUAUCAAAGAUUCUCGAACACUAUGGCGACUUUUACGGUGAAUUUACAGACGACUAUGCGACGAAGAAUAGGGAUAUGGUUCUGGAAGCAUUCUCUGACAGCGGUACUGUCGCACCAUUGAUAAUGACCGCCAAUUUACAUUCUAGGGCGAACCCGAAUAGUUACAUGUACGUCUUCUCUCAUCCGAAGGCUAUGCAAGAUUACUCCGGCCAACAACGACAACAGACGAUACACGGCGAAGAGCUGUCCUAUGUGCUCGGCGUUCCACUCGACAGGAGCAAGUACGACUUGCGUAUUCGAUACAACAUCGGCGAGACAUUGUUUUCCGAGGCCAUGAUGAAUUGGUGGUGCAGCUUCGCGUACAUCGGAAACCCGAACGCAGCUAAAAGAUAUCCAUAUUUGACCGACGGAUUAAAAGAAUGGGAACAGUAUGAGCUUCACUGGUUGGAAUAUAACCCAAGAAAUCAAACUUAUUUUAAUUUAACUAUACCACCAAAGCUCGGCUCUCACUAUCGUUCCGCUGAGAUGCAAUUCUGGAAUGAGGACCUUCCUAACAUGCUGAGGCAUCCCAACAAAGACAUUCCGAUGUUCAGUCGACCAAAGGGUCCACGACCUACGAUCCUCGACUUCGCUGAUGGGAUUGGUAAAUACGCGAAUGGCAGCUCCGACAGGAACUACGAUAUCCACAGUGCCUGGUUUACAACGAAGACUCCAUCGAGUAUUACUGAAAGUAAUUUGGAGGGGAGACCGUUGAUACCUUUCUUCAUAACAACGAAUCAGCCAAAUCUUGAAAGCACCACGCCUGAAUCAAGUUCUUUGAGAAGUUCUUCGGUGAUAGCGAUGAUGAUUGGUUUUGGCGUCGUAUUCCUCUUGAUCAACUUAUCCGCUUUCUUUUAUCUAUACCGAAAGCGUCAAGCAACGAAAAAGAAUGAAAAGCCUCUUAAAAGACGUCUCAGCCAGAAGGACGAAGCGUUCAAAAGGCCAAAGACAGAGAAACAAGAAAACCAUUAUGGCGACCUCGGUUAUAAGAGCGAUAGUAAGCCGGAUUUGAACGAGGUGAUAAAAAGUGACAAGGCUUACGACAACAAUUCGAACUUCGGUAGGAGGUCAAAACUUUCUCGAGAAAAUUCCAGUUCUACCAUCGACACCCAUAUUAAAGUUAGGGAAUGGAUACAGCAGGAAAUUGUACACAGGUGUUCGCCGAGAUUUCUACGAAAAACUAGAGAAACAUUGGCGAAAGAGCAUCAGGCGAAAUUAACGAAACAAGAGGAAGAAGAAAAAUGGCGAUUAGAAGAGGAAGCAUUGAAGGGUAAGAAAGAGGAACCUAUAUACGAUGAAAGUCCAACGAUCGUGGUAAGACCAGGUAAGAAGUCAAAAGUACCAAAGGUGUCGGUCGCUAUUGAUGCGACCCCAGCAACGAGGACCGAAUCCGUUUUGAAUCAAGUACCAAUCGAAUUGUCGAAAAAGGAGGAGACGUUCGUUGAGAAGAUCGAACAAUCCUUCGACUAUCCUUUAUCUGAUGGGAGCCAAUUCCAGAUGACACCUCAAGUCGUUGUGAUAGAACAUCAUCAUUCGAGAAGUGAUCCACUACCAAUGGAGAACGUCUUGAGAAGCGUGAAACCGAAUUUCUCGACUCCGCGAAUCUAUGAAUCCGAUUCUGGUAGUACGAGCAGUCUCUACGCGAAGAUCAAUCCAAAGUCAAAAGUUCGAGUUCCACGGGGGAAUCUUGAAAGGAGCGACGAGACCGUUGAAAUUGAGGCCUCCAAGAAUGCUGAGGAUCGAACGACACCAUUGGAAGAAGUCUACGUGAAAUCGACGAAAUUGACAACUUUUAGUGGGGGUAGUACACCAAGCGAUGUGAAUGUCACGUGCAGAGAACCAACGGUCGAAAGAGAAUGCAUUAGUCCCGAGGAAGCACUUCGAACGAUAAAACGACGAAAUUACCCUAAGGUUCUACCAGACAUCGAGAAAAGACGUUCUCUUCCUGUACCAACUACCUUGUUCCUUCCGAAACAACAUGGGAACUCUUUAAGGGGUUACAAGGGUACUUUACCUAGUCCUGUAUCAGGACAACCUCCGUUACCACCGCCAAGAAUGUUCGGCACAUCGAAGAGCUUGGAAUUCGCCGAAGAGAAGGAAAACCAUUGUGAGGAGGAAGCUGUUACUAGUGAUCUUCACAUUGGACCAUUAACAAAACGACAAGAUUCUUCUGCUAAAAACAACUCUGAUCCUAGUAUCAUCGAUUCCAUAGAAGGAAAUAUGAUCAAUAGCGUUCAUCCUGGUGGUGGUAGCGUUGACACCAUUUAUACGAAUCCAAGAUGUCCGGUACAUGGCGGAUCCUACACAUUUUCACCGAACUCUCAGAUACUCGACAAAGAUAUCGGAGAUCCUAGAAGAGACUUCAUCGAGGCAGGAAUGGGCAACCCUAAUUGGUACAAGCCUGUAUCGAAGGAAGGUAAGAUAGUGCCGGUAAUGUCAUUGGCAUCCUCAGAACCGCGAAUCGUGAUCGCUCCUAGGGAACCAGAGAGGCAGCAGCGAUUGCUCGUUGGUAACGCAAAUUGGGAUAGGACAGGCGAGCCAAAGAUCGUGAUCACUCCGAGAGUGGUUAAUCUUCUAGGACAGGGUAAUCAAGAUCUCAGCCAGACUAUAGUCAAUGUUGGAGAUGCUUGCUCCGUUGAAACCGUGAUAUCUCCUUCGAAACCUCAUACCAUCGAUUUAGGCUCAUCGGAACGAUUAGAACUCGAAUCUAAUAGUAGUAGCAAUUUAACUUGUUCGAAGGAGGAAAGAAAGGAACCGCGUAUCAUAAUAACUGCUGGUGAUCCAAAGAAUACUUGUACGACGAAUUCAAAACAACCAAAAAUUAUUAUAAAACCUACAACUAGCUUUCAAAAGAGCAGAGAUCAAAGGAACAUACCGAAAAUCUCAGCCAUACCAUUGGUGGAACGACAAAAUAGUCAGAACGUCGAAAGGGAUAAGAUCUUAGAACGUAAAGAGAACAGGCCUACUGUCGAAAGACCUCCCUUGAGAGAAAAGCCGAAAGUAACGAGAAUACCCUCCUUCUCAAGACGAAAAGAGGACUUACCUAUCGGUAUCGAUAAAUCGUUAACACAGACGCAUACAGAGAAGACGGAGAUUGUGCAAAGAGUCGAGGCAGUACCUGGUAAAAUCUCGAAUGUAACUUAUGCACAUGAUGGUAAAUCUUCUAUUCCUACUCUUCAGAAAAAGGACAGCGAAAAGUCAUCUAUAACAGGUGAAGAUUCCAAUGGAAUCCCAACCGGUACAGUCAAAAGGAAACCUUCGUAUAAGAAAUAAUAUGAGACAUUUUAUCAACUAGUUCUACUAGUUUGUUUGUCUUGAUUCUUUUUUUGUUUUUUUUUCUUUUUUCUUUUUUGCACUAUCAAAGAAAAUACGAAAAGUAUUUAAAACAGGACAAAUUCGUAGCUGAUAGGAAAUCAAGUAAAGACAAGAUAACAGACUAUAUCAAUAUAUAGAAAUUAAUGAUAAAUUAAAAUAAUCAAAUAAUGUUGAUGUAAUUAAUAUAGAUAAUAGAUAAGUUAAGUGAAUAGAGUGAUAAGACAAUGGGAAUAAUGUAAACUAACAAUUAUAUAAAUUUAACAGGUGAAACCAUCGAGUUAGGGAAAAAGUAUUGUCCGAUUUAACGUAGCAUUUAAGUUUUAGAAAUUUGACGAUAUUUUUCCUUUAAAUCGAUAUCUUAAUCUUAAUGAUGCAAAGAUAAAAAUACAUCAAAUUUUACAGACCGAUUUACAUCUUCGUAGACUGAUCCUUGCACUUACCUACAAACUAUUCUCUCAGAGAAUUCAACAAAGACUUUUAGUUCCAGUAAAUCGAAUGUCGAAGCUGUGUUGGUACGUUCUCUUUCGUCUCGUAACUUUCAACGAUUCCAAAGGGGAAAACUGAUCUAUCGAUAUCAUUCUCUGAAACCUAAAGCCGAUGUUGAAGUAUUCCAUAGAAAGAGAGUUGGCGAAAAGAUUCGGUCCAGUGCAUGCUAAAGUAAUGAAACCAUCUUUCUAUUUGAGCGGACUGUUGGAUUCGACGGGCCGAAGGAAGAGAUUGAAAAGUCUUCCAUGAAAGAGAUCGAUUCUGAUUUUGAACGAUGCAACGACAAAUUUUAUUCUAAAAAAGAAGAAACUAGCAAAGUGGAAAACUAUAAUUUUAUGAUCGGUAAUAGUGUGUCUGUUGCAAUUAUGUAAAUGUAAGACAUAUUGCUUGUAAAAACUAUUUCCGUGAGAUUAAAACUACUUGCGUAAUUAAAUGAAUUCGUUUAUGUGAAUCACUUUCGUAAAAAAAGUGUUUAGUUCUAUAAAAAAAAAAAAAAAAAAAAAAAAUACA